CACCACCACCGUCAGCAAAACCCCAUUUUCUCUCCAUCUUCCAUUUACUCUCCUUUUUAAAAAUAUCACUCAUCUCCUCUUAUCGUAAGUUGUAACUGGCCAGCUCUAUAUAUGAUCUAUCACAAUAUUAUUAAUGCCAUCACAAACUUCACAGCAAACAUCCUCCGAUCGAAACCAACCAACUUUGUAAGCUCUCCAACCGACGUCUUGGAUUGGAUCCUUCCAAUGAAGUUGCCUCGUCUCUUCAAAAAGAAGGAAACAACAACGUUAGCAGCCACAUCGGCAGUGCCAUGGCAGUACUGGCCCUCUUGCAACCACCCCAAGACGCUUUCCUUCCGAGCCGGAAGUGGCAGUGACAACAUGUUCAAGACUGUCAACUCCGUCUUCUUCGAUCCAAUUACGGAAGGAGGAGCUGAUCAGUCUUGGUUCAUAAACUCAUCCUCCUCCUCAGAUAAUCAGUCAACAACCGAGUGUGAUCAUGAGGACGGAGAGGAGUCCUUGGAUACGGUGGUGGUUCGAGGGGCAAUAUCCGAGAGGCUGUUUUUCAAGGCGGAAGACACGAGCUCCAUGGUACAAAAGGCGAAAGGCGCCGGCGGAGGAGAGAUGAUGAAUCCGUUGUUGAAGGAAAAGUACGUGGUGGUGUUAGCCAUCAUGGAAUCGGAGGAUCCGUUGAAAGAUUUUAGGAGGUCAAUGGAGGAGAUGGUGGAAUGUCAUGGGCUUAGUAAAGAUUGGGAGGGUUUGGAGGAACUGUUGGGAUGGUAUUUGAAGGUCAACCAGAAGAACAACCAUGGCUUUAUAGUGGCAGCAUUUGUGGAUCUCCUUCUUGCUCUUUCUGCUGCUGCAGCUGCUCCUUCUCAUCAUAAUUAUUAUUAUUCCACUUCUUUUUCUUCUGCCAUUUCUUCUUUUUCUAGAUCUUCUCCAGUGUCAUCUUCUUUUCAAGGUCAGGAGGAGGAUGACAUUGCAGAACAAGUAGAGAUCACAAUGUCUUAGCUAUAUUUAUAAUCCCCGUCACGUCAUGUGAGGUCAAAAUGUGUCAAAAGAUAGGUGUCCCACGAUCCUAAUCCUCUAUAUCAUUUAAUCCAACAUUCGUAUAGUUUUAGAUUGGGCUAAGAGAGAGUCCAUCCCUUUUAGGAGGGCAAGAGCAAGGCAUGGGUAAGGGCAGUGAAUUUGCUUUUACUAUUCACUUUAAACAGUAAUUAUCUUUGUAUAAGUCCACUCUUUUGUGAAGGGCAAUGACACUAUUCACAAA